CCUAACCCAUGAUUUUUACCCCCGGAUUAGUUCUGUUCCCGAAACGCCGGUUAGCGCUAACCCAGGGUUAGUUUGGGGAAUAAAUCUAACCCUGCUCGCGAGGUGGGUUAACUCGCUAAUCCAUGGAUUAGCGCAAGCUGGCAAAAAACAAAAUGGCGGAUUUGUUGUUUUGCCGGGUCGGGGAAGCUUACCCGCAAGCUCGCGAACGCCGCUUCCGCUUGUUUAACGGAAGCCUUGGUGACUUCCUCAACGACCAAGAGGUCAAAUCGAGGUUCCGAUUUCGGAAAGACACAAUUGAGUAUAUAACAGAGUUUUUGAGGGAGGAAUUAAGCCGGGAUACGCGACGAAAUCACGCACUUGCUCCAAUAGUCCAAGUUCUUGUCGCACUACGCUUUUACGCUUCGGGGAAUUUGAAAAUCAUAGGCGAUACAUUUGGCCUUCCAAAGUCUACCGUUUCCCGUUGCGUCUCAUAUGUGACAAGAGCGCUUGUUAGCAAAGCUGACCGCUUCAUCAAAUGGCCUUCGCGAGAGAGGCAAAAGGAGAUAAAGCAGGCAUUUUACGACAAGCACUGCUUCCCUGGAGUUAUCGGCUGUAUUGACGGGACUCAUGUAAAGCUCCAGGCCCCGACAAAUCAUGAGAACGAUUAUGUCAAUCGAAAAGGGCAGCACAGCAUUAACGUGCAAGCCGUGUGUGACAACAAAGGUCUCUUUACCAACAUUGUUGCCCGUUGGCCUGGUAGUACUCAUGAUGCUUUCAUAUUUCGGAAUUCAUCUAUUCAGAAUACGCUGGAAAGGGAGCACACAAGGAUAGAUGAGGGGUACUUGUUAGGGGACAGUGGGUAUCCAUGCCGCCCCUUCCUCAUGACACCCUAUCCUAACCCAGCCAACCAGCAUCAGGUAAGGGAGUGUUCAUUAAAUACACCGAGGGGGGGAAGAUUGGGGGGGGGGGGGGGCACCAAAGUCUAG